AGAAAUUCAGAAGGAAAAUUGUUCUGAAGGCUUAUACUCCCCUGAGCUUUCUCUCCAUCAUUUUUCACCAGAUCCCAAUAAACUGGAGCCAUGACGAGGAAGAAGGCCAAGAUAGCAGAGCAGGAUGAGGUGCUACGGCAUCAGAUGCUUGACUAUCUGAAAGACGUUGUGCAGGCUCUGCUGCAGCCCAUGGGGGACACCUCCAAGCUUUAUGUCAGGCCUCCUCCGUCCCUCAGUGCUGAUCACACACGCAUUCCACCCAAGAUUUUUGGUACAAGUGAUUUGACAAACAAUUUGUGCUGCUCACUGGAAGCAGUUCUAAUACAUGGACUCAGAGACUCUUACUCUUCACGUGUAACAUCUUUUUUUGGUGCCCCGCGAGAUAAGAUGCCUUGCCCUAACUUCUGGCCCGUGGUCAUGACCGUGUGCCAUAAGGAUGAUAUCAAAGAGGUGUGCAAUCUAUCGUACAUCACGAGCGACGUUGGCCGCGGGCGGGCGUGGCUGCGACUCAUGAUCAACGGCGGCCAAAUGUCGAGCUACAUCGAUGCCCUGACCAGAGAAUUGGGCGUUCUCAAGGAUUACUACAAACCGAGUGCUCUGGUGCGCCAGGAAGAGAGCUGCUGCCAGCUCCUCGGAACUCUACAGCCGCUCUCGACGCUGCAGUUUCGGCUCGCCACGAACUCGUCCGUCCUCAACACGUGGACGCAGACGCCGCUCGUCCUGGCAGGGAUGUGGGCGCCUCUAGACGGUCACACAGUGCCUGGCUGGUCUCAGCCUGUUGAGCUGGCAGCUGAGAUGACAGCAGCAGAGAGCGAGGAGGAACUUCAGCGACGGAGGAGGGAGAAGGAGCGCGCUGAGAUCUUCAUCGAGGAGACUCCUCUGAACGAUCAUCUGCUCCACGCCAUCCUCUCAGCCACGCCAACUACCAAGUUUAUCGGUCUAGAGGCCGCGGUGGAGGAGGAAAGUGGUGCGGCUAGUCGCCCCAAGCCUCUUGUGGUGCGCACGCUGUAUCCUCGUUCUGAAGGCGACGUCGCCGGGGCACUCGACACGUGCACGGAGGAAACACCAGAGCCUGAGCAGCCUGCCACUGAAGAACUUCUCGCAGCACACGUCCCUAAAGGGGACAUCGAAUCUAUAGACUCGUCGUCCCUUUUGAAUCAGAGUGAUGACGGCUCAAUAGUCACGUCGUCAAGUUCGUUGGACUUCAACACUCUGCUAGCACGACGGCUCGACAGCGUCGACUAUUGCUACGUCAACAUCGAGCACAUGACUUUGUUGGAGGGCGCCGAGCAGGCCGAGUCUCCCCGCUCCGUCUCACCGACAGGGGAUGAGGUGUACAACGGAGCGAGUAAAGGUGUCGGCUGUGACGACCAUUCUACUGAUCUCACUUCAGAUGCGGAGCGUAGGCGCUCGUCGCUGGUGACGCAGCUGUGCCCGCAAGUGGGUCUGGACGAGCAGAACUACCAGUGCCAUCAGUGCCGGGCCUUCAUAGGGCUCUUCUAUGGACAGUUCAGAGUUUGCGCGAUGGACGGCCAUUCGUAUUGCGUUGAGUGCCACAACAACUACACAGCUGUGGUCCCCGCCAGGGUGAUCUUCAAUUGGGACCUUCGGCAGCACGCAGUCGCUGACGCCAAUAGAGACUGGCUCCUCAGUUGCAUCGACGAUCCCAUGAUUGAUAUCCGCGCCGCCAACCCUCGUCUCUACGAGCACGUCGAAGAGCUCGAUAGACUCCGGGUAAUCAACAGCAUUUUUCUAAUAUUGUAUUAUUGUAAUAUUCUAAUAUACUCUAAUAUUAAGGAGAUAUCGAUGCUUUGUAUAUUACCUGAUGAUAACCAUCUCUAA